AUGGCUACGAUUUGCUCAAGCGGAUAUAUGCCAACAAGGCCCGGCACAGUGUAUUUGGGUAAGUACAGCCUUUCCAGAGAUACUCUGGAGGAAACAAAACCCGAGGUUAUCGCAGAUUUUGAAGAGCCACCAAGGUCUGCUAGAUCGUUUAGAUCGACGAUCAGGAAAGCAUGGGUGAAGCCCUUGGAACCAAGAAAUCCUACACCACCAGCAACUCGCCAUCACCGGUUCCGUAGAUGGCUCAAUGUUCGCGAAAAAGAAUUUACCUGCAGCUGGAGUGACGGCGAAGAUCCCACCAGCGAGGAGCUGGAGAGAACUCAUGGGCUAGUAAGUCCUCAACAGUUCAAUAGAGAUUCUACUCUUUAUGCCGGUCUGAAUUCUUCGAUUGAAACACCACAUGUAAUGAAAACGACCUGUUGGCCAGAUGAUGAUACUGAUAUUGAAAUGUUCAGCAGAAUCUUGCUAAACUCAACCUCAGGAGCUACACUUUCUGAUCAUCCAACAUUGAAGGAGCGUCUUCAAUCUUCCGCACGCUCAUCGGGGCGGCGAAGGUUCGAGCUAUUACGAAAGUUUCGAUUGAAACUACACCGGAGUCGCAUCCAAAAUGAGUUUACAUUGACUGACCGGUAUCUUGGUUCAGAGGAAAACAUAGAAAGGUGUCUGCAGGACAUGGAUAUGAUGCCGUUUGAUUUGACCGCUCCCUCUACGGCUGGUGCAGAGGUCACAGGAGUAAUCAUGGACGGGAGCCAGAUAAGCGGAGCCUUGAGCGAUAAAAGCACAGUUGUAGAAGAGUCAUUCUGUCCUUAUACAUUACAAGUGAAGAAUGUACGAGUGGAAAAUGAAGAGCAAGCUCUCAACAACGAAGCGUGA